CGGCUAGCGAGCCGCAGGGACUGUGCCUGGCGCACUCACUUCCGCGUCCCGCCGCCCUCCGGCCCGCGCGCGCCGAGCCGCCGCCGCCAUCGGACAAUGGGUCGCUCGCCCCAGCUGCUGUGAACUUCCUGCCGCGGCUCGGCCGCCCGCGUGCCCCGGACCGCGCUCCCGCCUGGCGCCGGCCGGGAUCGCAGCUCCGGGGAAUCCGCGGAGGACCCAGCGCCCGGGACGUACCUGCGCCUCCGCCGCUGCGCCUUUGCUCCGGGCCGGACCCGCGGCCUCUGCCCUCCCGGCCGAAUCAGCUUCACCCGGCCCAGUCGGCUGCUGCCUUGCUGUGGGUUUUCAUGUUUGGUUGCCUAAGGAGGAUGUGAUUUUACUUUUUUGCUGUUUUCUUUUUCCUUUUAUGAUUUGAAGAGGAGAAAAGAACUCCACUGAGCAGGCCCGGGACAGCGAAGCGCCCCCAGCUCCCCCACAAGGACGUCUUCAGGCGAAAGGGAGUGAGAAGCAAACUUGGUCCAGCUGGCGUGGUGGCCUCAAGUUCCGCUGGACUCUUAAGUCGUGGGGUCAUGCCCCUCACGCUGGGCAGGUGGAAGUCUUUACCUCUUCUGGGCCGGCCUUGAGCCCCCACUCUUCGCCAACAUCUCCCCGCUGCCCUCAACACCCACACAUCCGGCACCUGGGCUAGGCGGGACACCUGUCUGCAGCAUGGAUAAGUAUGACGACCUGGGCCUGGAGGCCAGUAAAUUCAUCGAGGACCUGAACAUGUAUGAGGCCUCCAAGGAUGGGCUCUUCCGAGUGGACAAGGGUGCAGGCAACAACCCCGAGUUUGAGGAAACUCGCAGGGUGUUCGCCACCAAGAUGGCCAAAAUCCACCUCCAGCAGCAGCAGCAGCUCCUGCAGGAGGAGACCCUGCCCCGGGGGAGCAGAGGCCCUGUCAAUGGAGGGGGCCGCCUGGGCCCACAAGCCCAUCGGGAAGCUGGUGUGGGCAGCAAGCUUUCUGUGGAUGGUGCUGCCAAACCCCCUCUUGCUGCCUCGACAGGGGCACCUGGGGCAGCCACCACCCUCGCUGCUGGGCAGCCCCCGUGCCCACCGCAGGAGCAGAGAGCCAGGCCAUACCUGCAUGGCACAAGGCAUGGCAGCCAGGACUGUGGUUUCAAGGAGAGCCCGGCCAGUUCUGAGAUGCCUGCUUUCCACCAGCCAGGCCCCUGCGAGGAUCCUUCCUGCCUCACUCAUGGAGACUAUUAUGACAAUCUCUGCUUGGCCAGCCCUAAGUGGGGUGACAAACCAGGAGUGUCCCCUAGCGUCGGCCUGGGUGUAGGGAGUGGGUGGCCUAGCCCCCCAGGGAGUGACCCACCAUUGCCCAAACCUUGCGGGGACCAUCCCCUAAACCAGCGACAGCUCUCCCUGAGCUCCAGCAGGUCUUCUGAGGGUAGCCUCGGUGGUCAGGAUACUGGCAUUAGUGGCCGCAGCAGCGAGAAGCCAGCAGGCCUUUGGUCCACUGCCUCCUCCCAGCGAGUGAGCCCUGGCUUGCCUUCCCCAAACUUGGAGAAUGGAGUUCCAGCCCUGGGGCCUGCUCAGCCCAGGACCCCUUCUGUGUCAGCACCCCUGGCCCUGAGCUGCCCCAGGCAAGGAGGUCUUCCAAGAACAAACACGCGGCCAGGGGGUGAGGUUUCAAGUGUGACGUCCAAACCCAAUGUGGACCCCCAAGCCUGGUUCCACGAUGGGCCCAAAUCUUACCUUUCGAGUUCUGCCCCAUCAUCCUCACCUGCUGGCCUGGACAGUUCACAAUCGGGUGCAGUCCCUGGGCUGGGGCUGAAGCCUGGCUGCACAGACCUUGGCACGGGUCCCAAGCUCAGCUCCACCAGCCUUGUCCAUCCAGUGAUGUCCACCCUGCCUGAGUUAUCUUGUAAAGAGGGUCCCCUGGGCUGGUCCUCUGAUAGUAGCCUGGGACCUGUGCUCCUGGAGAGCCCCAGCUCCCCUAGGGUAAGGCUGCCCUGCCAGCCCCUCGUCCCAGGUCCUGAGCUGAGACCCUCGGCCGCUGAGUUGAAAUUAGAAGCCCUCACCCAACGUCUGGAGCGAGAGAUGGAUGCUCACCCGAAGGCCGAUUACUUUGGAGCCUGUGUGAAAUGCAGCAAAGGGGUGUUUGGGGCUGGCCAGGCCUGCCAGGCCAUGGGGAACCUCUACCACGACACAUGCUUCACCUGUGCAGCUUGCAGCCGGAAGCUGAGAGGAAAAGCCUUUUAUUUUGUCAACGGCAAAGUGUUUUGUGAAGAAGACUUCUUGUACUCUGGUUUCCAGCAGUCGGCUGACAGGUGUUUUCUUUGUGGACAUCUGAUCAUGGACAUGAUCCUACAGGCCCUGGGGAAGUCCUACCACCCCGGCUGUUUCCGCUGUGUCAUCUGUAAUGAGUGUUUGGAUGGAGUGCCCUUCACCGUAGACUCAGAGAACAAGAUCUACUGUGUCCGAGAUUACCACAAGGUGCUGGCCCCCAAGUGUGCAGCCUGCGGGCUUCCCAUCCUUCCACCUGAGGGCUCAGACGAGACCAUCCGUGUUGUGUCCAUGGACAGAGACUACCAUGUGGAGUGUUACCACUGUGAGGACUGUGGUCUGGAGCUCAAUGAUGAAGAUGGCCAUCGCUGUUAUCCGCUGGAGGAUCACCUGUUCUGUCACUCCUGCCACGUGAAGAGGCUGGAGAAGAGAACCUCGUCCACAGCCCUUCAGCAGCACCACUUCUAGCCAGCGCCUCUUGCAGGCAUCACGGCAGGGGAUGAGGAGCCAGGGUUGCUGCUGCUGCUUCCGGUGGCCCCUGGGGUGGAAGUGGGGUAGGGAAAGAGGAGGGGCAGGAGGGAGCGUUCCUGUAUGCGUGAGGUGCCUUUCCUUUAACCAGGGAGGUGAACACUACCUGCCUGCUACGUGUAUUUUCCAAGUGCUUUUCUCUGUUGCCACAUUUUCCUCAGGUUACUCAGGAAAACGCUCCAGAUGUGCAUAGC